AUGCACGCGAAUUCUGCACAUAUGAUGGCGAUGGCCAAUUCGUUUUGGCCUUUUGCAUACUCUUUGAAAUCUUACGACCUUUCACUUCAUCCGGCGUUUUUGUCGUCUGCUUACAGAACGCUUCCGCCAUUGCAAACGUCAACAUACGGGCAUACGCACGGACAGACACAAAACACGUCGCCGCCAUCCAGUAAAAGUGACAAGUUCUCUAUUGACGCUAUUUUAAGUUCUGACAAAAGGCCAGAAUCGACGGGUUCAUCAAAUGGAGCAGACGACAUUAAGAAAUACACGACUUACAGUUAUCAUGAUGUGGAAAAAUCGCACGAGGGACCGACGUCAUUUUCGAGGCGUCACCAGCGCUUGUUUGAAACAUCACAUCCGUAUCUGGGGCAUACCGGGAGUUUGGGGGAUAUUCAUCAUCAUCAAUCGCAACAACAGCAGCAGACAAAUGUGUCAUCCGCUUAUAGACAGCUGACGGAAACACAAAGACAUUCAGUCGGCGAAAAAUGCGAUAAAAAGCCGGGCGUUGUCGUAAACCAAAGCGCGUGGAAUAAGCAGACGAAGGGGAAGCGCGUGCGCACGAUCUUCACACCCGAGCAGCUCGAGAGGAUGGAGGCAGAAUUCGAGAGACAACAGUAUAUGGUGGGAACAGAAAGGUAUUAUUUGGCAUCAUCAUUAAACCUAACCGAGGCCCAGGUGAAAGUCUGGUUCCAGAACAGAAGAAUCAAAUGGAGAAAACAACACCUUGAGCAACAGAAAGCUAAGCUUAACUCAAUGGACAUGUUCUGUCAUGAUCAGUCAGAAAGCGAUGACGACAGUGAUGACGAAAACAGAACAAGUGAUGACGUCACAACAAAUCACAUGACGUCACUCGCAGAUCCUUUUCAAAGUCCCAGAGAAAUGCGAACAACACAAUAA